GAUUUGCAGUUAAACAGUUCGCAGACGAUAUUCCGAUGCGGAUAAUCCCCAAGCCUAAAUCACCGAGAAGGAACUAUAAAAGUCUCGAUGGACCCUGAGAAUCUGGACCAUCACGUAUUAACCUCGAUAUGCUCGAUCUUCAACCUAUCUAGAUCAACUCACCAGAUCAACGUAAGCGACAAUGGGGAGCGCCAUGAUUCCGGCGGACGAUUACAUCCUCGGACGAAGCAUCACGGACUCCGUAAGAUUGGAUGCUCAGCAUCUCCUGUGGAAAUUCCACAAGGGAUACGAGCUACAUCCUGAGAUUCCAGUCCGCAAUGACAUGAAAAUUGCCGACCUAGGUUGCGGCACGGGAACCUGGCUCCUUGACCUGUCGAGACAGCUGCCGCCCACCGUGCAACUGCAUGGCCUCGACAGUAGUGACCAACAGUACCCGCCCUCUGGGCUGUGGGCGAAGAACAUGACGUUCAGCGUGAUAGACCUGAUGUCUGAUCUACCACCUUCCCUGGAGGGACAAUAUGAUGUGGUGCAUCUGCGGAUGUGGGCGAGCAAUGUACGCGAAGGCGAGACAGCUACCCUGAUCCGCCAGACCAAGCAACUCCUAAAGCCAGGGGGCUACAUUCAGUGGGAAGACGCGGACCUGCACAACCAGGUCACGGAGGGCCGCGUGGCGGAGGAGACCGCUGCGCGGAUGAGCGACUUGUUUCGGCGGGUCGACCUCAACUACAUCUGGGUCUCCGAGCUCCCCGAUCGCAUGCGUAAGGAGGAUCUGGAGAUCGUCGAGUCCGACCACGGCCGGUUCGCCCCUCCUCUGAUGGACCUGUGCACCCGGACCUACAUUCUAGCCCUGCGCGAGUUGACGCAGGGCAUUAAAAGAGGACUGUCCGGGGACAUUCUGUUGUCGGUGUCCGAGCAAGAGGUUGCUCUCCAGUGCCUUGCGACGCAGCAGAAGGAGAAGAUCAUUUACAACUGGUCUCCAGUCACGGUGCUGGCUCGGUCUAGGGAGUAAACAAUCAGGCUUGGGAGAUGGGAGGGGGCCGCGGACACCAUGUGCCACCUUACGUAUGACGAUAUCUUUUGU